AUGUUUGGAGGCCAACAGAAUAAUAGUGGCUCCAAUGCCUUUAGUGGGUUUUCAACAAACAACAAUAAGAACAACAAUUCUAACAGCCAACAGAGUAGUGCAAUUUCACUUGGAGCAUCGAAGCCAACCGAAUCAAAUGCAUUUGGAGCUCUAGGAAAUACUUCUAAACCACUUUUUGGUGCAGGAGCACAACAGCAAUCAUCAUCAACUCCAGCAUUUGGGACUGCUAAACCCAGCUCUCCGUUUGGAAACGCUAGUACAAAUCAACCCAACGCAUUUGGAUCUGCAUUUGGUGCUGCUCCUAAAACAGGGGGGUUAUUUGGAUCCAACACGGCUAGCUCAACAGCUCAACCUAGCUCAAUUUUUGGACAAAAGAAAGACGACGCUACGUCCGGUUCCACGGCAACAAGCAGUACUGGAGUAUUUGGAGCUAAACCCACAACCACCAAUUUGUCUACCGGCUCUGCUUUUGGUGCUCCUACAUCAAGUGCCACCAAUGAAAAGACAGAAGAGCCCAAAUCAACAGGCGCUUUCGCAUCCAGAGCAACAGAUGGUACAGCAAGUACAGGCACAACAGGGGCAUCUUUUGGUGCUCAAAAUCAAGCAGCUAAUACAAGUAGUGGCGGGGGCUUAUUUGGGGCCAAGAAAGAUCAAUCACCUGCCCCAACAGGAGGAUUAUUCGGCUCUACAACAGUAAACCUGGAUGCUAAGUCAGCAGAUAACGCCGCAAUAAGUAAUGAACUGAAUACUACAACUAAUAUGUUUGGUUCUAGUAGUACUACAACUGACAAUAAAUUCGGUGGUGGGACUUCUUUUAGUACUACCAAGAAUCCAAUCUUUGGUAAUAAUAAGGAGGACAACAAACCUCCUGCAGUUACAUUUGGAUCAAAACCAGAAAAUAAUGAUACUCUGAAAGCAUCUCUUUUUGGAGCUAACAAUGUUGCAAGCAAGCCUGCUAGCAGUGGAUUCUUAUUUGGUGCCAAAAAAGACGACGACAAAGAUAAACCUGCUAGUAGCGGAUUCUCAUUUGGUGCCAAAAAAGACGACGACAAAGAUAAACCUGCUAGUAGCGGAUUCUCAUUUGGUGCCAAAAAAGACGACGACAAAGAUAAACCUGCUAGUAGUGGAUUCUCAUUUGGUGCCAAAAAAGACGACGACAAAGAUAAACCUGCUAGUAGUGGAUUCUCAUUUGGUGCCAAAAAAGACGACGACAAAGAUAAACCUGCUAGUAGUGGAUUCUCAUUUGGUGCCAAAAAAGACGACGACAAAGAUAAACCUGCUAGUAGUGGAUUCUCAUUUGGUGCCAAAAAAGACGACGACAAAGAUAAACCUACCACAAGCGGAUUUUCUUUUGGCAAAAAAACUGAAGAAAAGAAAGAAGAUAAGAGUAUUUCUGAAAAUGCUGCACCUACCUCAGCAACUUCAACGGCAACCACUACCACCGCUACAGCUCAACCAAAUUUGAAACCAACAAAGAUUGAACCAAUUCCUGUUUCAAUUGAUAACAAAACACUUGACGAUUUAAUUGUCAAAUGGUCUAAGCAGUUAACCACCACUACAAGGAUUUUUGAUUCUUACACUAAUAAGGUCAAGGAAUGGGAUCAAAAAUUGGUAGAAAGUGGAGAUGAUAUCACGAAACUUAACCAAGAAUCAUUAGAAGCAGAGACAUUGCAAACCAAGAUAAAUCAGCAAUUACUUUUCGUUGAGAACCAGCAAGAUGAAUUAGAGAAGAUAUUAGAUAAUUACGAGCAACAAGCUGAUAUUUUGUUGAACAACAUGGAAUUGAAUAAUAAUGCCGUUGCCAAUGCCUCAUCGUUGAUUCAUGCUGUUGAAGGAAGCAAUAAAGAUACAACCACUAAAGAUGCUAGUGCUGGUGUUUCCUCUUCAAACGCAGCAAUCUCUGGCGGGUCAUCAUCAUCUUUAAGUAUCACUGAUAAAUUACGUGAAAAUGCGUAUCACAAUGCCGAGUUGUUAGAUGAAAGAUUGGAUAACUUAGGAGCCAAUUUGGGAACUUUGAUCAAUGAAAUUAAUUCAGUUAGUGAUGUUUUCAAUAAGAAUUUGAUCAAUGAGUUAGCUAACAAAAACGAAGCAAGAGAUUCGACCAGUAAGAAAGACGACACAAAAUCAGAUGAGAAUAACCCAAUUGAAGAAAUUGUGAGAUUGUUAAAUUUACACUUGGAAAACUUGAAAUACAUUGAAAAAGCAGAAGAAGAGUUGAAAAGUAAGUUGGAAAAAUUGAACAAAACCAAGAAAAUAAGUCACUAA